CGCAUCAUUGAAUUGAAUUGAACUAAUAUUUCCGAAAACGAAGUUAGGGUUAGAUUUUCAAAAUAUUUGUAAUUUUUCAUCGAAUCGUUUACACAAUGAGCAAAAGAAAAGCGCCCGGCGAUCCGAAAAAUUUAAAUCAGGAUUUUUGCGACUUUCUGAUCGAAUUGGCUGAGCAUGAAUUGAACGUCAAUCGCAAUCAUUUUAAAGGGCAAGUGUAUAAGAACGCGGCUAGGGUCCUGGCAGCUCAUCCGACCCGUAUAAAAUCUGGAGAAGAAGCCAAGCACCUGAAAGGGAUAGGUAAAAAGAUCGCCUUAAAAAUCGAUGAAUAUUUGCAGACUGGUAAACUGAAAAAACUAGAAAAUAUACAUCAUGACGAUAAGGGCAAUGCCAUAAAGCUAUUAACUAGAGUGUCUGGAAUAGGGCCAGCAAAAGCAGCAAAGCUGGUUGAUGAGGGCAUCACUUCGUUAGAAGAUCUACAUAAGCACCCCGAGAAAUUGACCCAUCACCAAUUGAUUGGAUUAAAAUAUUUUGAAGAUUUUGAGAAGAAGAUACCCCGUAAUGAGAUAGAACAAAUCGAAAGCCAGAUUAAGAAUCAACUGGAAGAUAUAGAUCCCAAGUUUGAGGUCACUAUUUGUGGUAGCUACAGACGCGGCAAGAGUGAAAGUGGCGACAUUGACGCAUUGAUUACCCAUAUUGAUUACAACAGUUCAAUAAUUGAUAAGAAGCAUAAAAAUCAGGUGUUGAAAACAAUUGUUGACAAACUCAUGCAAUGUCACUUGAUAACGGACACUUUAUCAUUAGGAGAGACCAAAUUCAUGGGCACUUGUCAGUUAAAUCCUAGUCUCCCUACCCGUCGUUUAGACAUUAGAUUCGUGCCAUUUGAUCAGUAUUACUGCGCGGUCCUCUACUUUACCGGUUCAGAUCUUUUUAAUCAAAAUAUGCGGCACCACGCGCUGGAGCAAGGAUUCACUCUAAACGAAUACACCUUAAGGCCCUUGGGACUCACAGGCCGCAGUGGGGAGCCUGUGGAAAUAUUAUCAGAAAAGUGUAUUUUUGAUGUAAUUGAUUAUCCUUACAAAAGUCCAGAAGAAAGGGAUUAAUUUAAAUCUUCAUUUCUUGUAAAAGUACAAAUUAAAUUUUAAUUAACGACAAGACUGGUGGUUAUUUUUUUAAGGUGGUUUAAAAAUAAAUGACUUAGCUAAAAAUGAUAAAUAAAAACUUCUAAAUUUGA